CGGGGAUGCGGCUUGUUAUAUAUCGCUCGGCUCUCAUCUCAUCGCUCCAUCUCCAGGAAGGAGCACCGAGCCGGCCGAGUCUAUGUCUGUCCGUGUGUCCUGUCCCUUCUACACACAGCGAGCGCCCCAUGCCGCCCUGUGCCCGCACUGCCAACCCCUGACCGGCACCUGCCUACUAAGGAGGAGGAGGAAGAGGAGGGAAGAGCCGGACCAGGCUCAGCUCAGGCGCAAAGGUUUUACACAAGUUCGGAGGAAUGUUCACCCUUUCAGAAGUUGCCUCACUUAAUGACAUCCAGCCCACCUAUCGGAUUUUAAAGCCAUGGUGGGAUGUUUUCAUGGACUACUUGGCAGUGGUUAUGUUAAUGGUUGCAAUCUUUGCAGGGACCAUGCAGCUAACCAAAGAUCAAGUUGUUUGCUUACCAAAGUUAGAUUCAGCUGUUUGUUCAGCCUCUCAAACUAGCAAAACUAUACAAGUUUCUCCUAUGUUUGAAGAAACUACAGCAGGACCUGAUACAAAAUGGGAAAGUACAUUACCUAAGGUUGAGUCAGAAGAACCUUUGACAAGACAAACCGAUACUUUGGUUGCUCCAACUCAGUCUUCUGUUGAGAGCGUUAACAAGGAAGCAAGAAAUCCAGGAGGGAGAAAGACAAAUCUGGAUUAUCAACAAUAUAUAUUCAUCAACCAAAUGUGUUAUCAUGUGGCUCUCCCAUGGUACUCUAAGUAUUUUCCCUAUCUUGCACUUAUACAUACAAUUAUUCUAAUGGUCAGUAGCAAUUUCUGGUUUAAAUAUCCAAAGACCUGUUCAAAAAUUGAGCAUUUUGUCUCGAUACUGGGCAAAUGUUUUGAAUCCCCAUGGACAACAAAAGCUUUAUCCGAGACAGCAUGUGAGGAUUCAGAAGAAAAUAAGCAUAGACUUACUGGUGCUCAGUCCCUUCGUAAACACUUCUCAAAUAGCAGUGAAGAGGGAAGUCCUAGCCCCAGCACUCCAAUGAUCAGCAAAACUGGACUUACGUUUUCAGCUGACAAACCAGUAGUGGAGGUUCCUGGGAUUACCAUCUUGGACAAAAAAGACGGGGAACAGGCUAAAGCCCUUUUUGAAAAGGUCCGAAAAUUUCGCACCCAUGUUGAAGACAGUGAUUUAAUUUACAAACUCUAUGCUGUACAAACAGUUGUCAAGACACUGAAAUUUAUUUUUAUACUGUGUUACACCUUAACAUUUGUAACUGCAAUAAGUUUUAAACACGUCUGUAAACCCAGUGUUGAGCACCUUACAGGAUACAAGGAGUUUGAAUGCACACAUAACAUGGCAUUCAUGCUAAAGAAGCUUCUUAUCAGCUAUAUUGCUCUUAUUUGUGUCUAUGGCCUUGUUUGUUUGUAUACUUUGUUCUGGCUCUUUAGGAGACCUCUUAAAGAAUACUCCUUUGAGAAAGUAAGAGAGGAAAGCAGCUUUAGUGACAUUCCUGAUGUUAAAAAUGAUUUUGCAUUUCUUUUACACAUGGUUGACCAGUAUGAUCAGUUAUACUCCAAGCGCUUUGGAGUUUUCUUGUCGGAAGUGAGUGAAAACAAACUGCGUCAGAUUAGCUUAAAUCACGAGUGGACCUUUGAGAAGCUUAAGCAGCACAUAUCUCGCAAUGCCCAAGAUAAGCAGGAGUUGUAUCUUUUCAUGCUGUCUGGAAUUCCAGAUGCUGUGUUUGAGCUAACAGAUCUUGAAGUUAUUAGGUUUGAGCUUAUUCCAGAAGCUAAGAUCCCUGCUAAAAUUUCUCAAAUGACUGCUCUUCAAGAACUUCAUCUCUGUCACUGCCCAGCUAAGGUUGAACAAACCGCAUUUAGCUUUUUGCGAGACAACUUGAAGUGCCUUCAUGUGAAAUUUACAGAUGUGGCUGAAAUUCCUCCAUGGGUCUACUUGUUAAAAAAUCUUCGAGAACUACACUUAGUAGGUAACUUAAACUCUGAAAAUAACAAGAUGAUUGGACUUGAUUCAUUAAGGGAGUUAAGGCAUCUAAAGCUUCUCUAUGUGAAGAGCAAUUUGACCAAAAUACCAACUAAUAUCACAGAUGUGGCACCACAUCUAACAAAGCUUAUCAUUCAUAAUGAUGGCACCAAGGUUGUUGUGCUAAACAGCCUUAAAAAGAUGAUGAAUGUAGCAGAGCUGGAACUCCAAAACUGUGAAUUAGAGAGAAUUCCGCAUGCUAUUUUCAGUCUGACCAACCUGCAAGAGCUGGAUCUAAAACAGAAUAGCAUUCGUACUAUAGAAGAGGUUAUUAGUUUUCAGCACCUAAAAAGACUAACUUGUUUGAAAUUGUGGCACAAUAAAAUUGUCAGCAUUCCUCAGUCUAUUUCACAAGUAAAGAACUUGGAAUCUUUGUAUUUGCCACACAACAAGCUAGAGUCUCUUCCAGUAGGCCUGUUCAACUUGCAGAAGCUUCGACACUUGGAUGUCAGCCACAAUUCUUUAUCUAUGGUUCCUAUUGAAAUUAGUAAUCUCCAGAAUCUUCAGCAUUUGUACUUUACAGGAAAUAAAGUGGACAUCUUGCCAAACACAUUGUUCAAAUGCAUCAAAUUAAGAACGUUAUGCUUGGGUCAAAAUUGUAUCGCUUCUGUUCCGGAAAAAAUAGGGCAUCUAGUACAGCUUACACAUCUAGAACUAAAAGGGAAUUGCUUAGAUCGCUUACCUACUCAGAUUAUUCAGUGUCGCCUUCUGAAGAAAAGUGGGCUGUUGGUUGAAGACCACCUGUUUGAUGCUUUACCAUCAGAGGUAAAAGAGACAUUGAACCAAGAUACAAAUGGCCCUUUUGCCAAUGGCAUAUAGACCAUUUUGGCUAGUGUGCGGUAUAUUAAACAGAGGUUUGCGCAAACGGCUUCUUUUUCCCAUAAUUUUUUUUUUUUUUUACAACAACCAAAAAUUACAAACCUUUAGUGUACAUAUUACAUGAGCACAUAAGAAGUAGAGGUAUAAACAAGUCUACACAGAACCAUAAGGACAGGAGAACAGAAGGUGAACCAAGAACCACAGAAAGGAUCAGCGAGUCAAUACAGGCAUUCAAGCAGACCACAUUUUCUUCUCAAAAUCUGAGACUGGUAUUUUUUUUUUCUUGGUAGGCCAACAACAUUGCCCCCCUCAAGAAAUGAUUUUGGCAGUUUGUCUAUUUACCAAUAGUUAUUGUUCAUCAUUGAAGGUAUAAUUACAUAUUUCAAUAGGUUUAUACCAUUUGCAGAUCUUAUGGAAAUUAUUUUUUAUUAUGUAAUUUGAAGGAAUUCCUCUGGAUGUUUACAGAUAAUCUGUUUUGUUCACGUUUGUAGAUCAAUUACAUAGUAAAUUUUGGUA